UUUACAAUUGCACGUCAAAGUAAUUUUCGAAAAUUUUGUCAACUUCUUGUCGAAGCUCGUUAUAAUGUUAAUACAAAAGAUCGUCUUGGACAAGAAUCAAAAAUUAGUCGAUAUAAACAAGGACAUAAAUUUCUUGGUUUGGUUACAUAUCUUGAUUGGAUUAUGAUACUUGUAACAAUAUUAUCAGCAGUUAGUAUGUCAUUUGAAACACCUGAUAAUCGAGUUGUUGAUCAACCUUUAUUACAAAUUGCUGAAUAUGUAUUUGUUAUUUUUAUGAGUGUUGAAUUAACAUUAAAAAUUUUUGCACAUGGUUUAUUUUUUACACCAAAAGCAUUAAUUCGAGAUAUUGGUGGAGCUGUUGAUGUAGCAGUCUUUUUUGUUGGUCUUAUUUUUCUUUGUUGGUUACCACGAAAUGUUCCAGCGAAUAGUGUUGCUCAAUUUCUUAUGCUUCUUCGAUCGACACGACCUUUACGAAUUUUUAUUUUGGUACCCGAUAUGAGAAAAGUUGUUUAUGAAGUUUGUCGAGGAUUUAAAGAAAUUCUAUUGGUAUCAAUUUUACUGGUUGUAUUAAUGUUUAUAUUUGCUAUUUAUGGUGUUCAAAUCAUCGGCGGACAAUUAGCUCGUUGUAAUGAUCGAAAUUUUUAUAACGAUCAAAAAUUAUGUCAUGGAACAUUUUGGAGAGAACUUUAUGUAUCAAAAAUGAAUGUUAGUGGAGCUGAUCCAGUUAUGUUAGUACCACGUGUGUGGGCUAAUCCACAUAACUUUAAUUUUGAUUAUAUUGGUAGUGCUAUGUUAGCUCUUUUUGAAGUUCUAUCACUUGAAGGAUGGCUUGAAAUUCGUGAUAUUAUUAUGGAUCGUAUGGGUCCAGAACAUGCUAUAUUUGUUCAUAUAUUUGUAUUUAUUGGUACAUUAAUUGGUUUAACUCUAUUUGUUGGUGUGGUUAUUGCAAAUUAUUCAGAAAAUAAGGGAACGGCUUUAUUAACAGUUGAUCAACGUCGUUGGAUGGAUUUAAAAGGACGUAUAAAACUUGCUCAACCGUUACGUACACCGCCACGACCAGAAAAUAGCAAAUUUCGUUCAUAUGUAUUUGAUAUAACACAAAAUCGAUUAUUUAAAAAAUCUUCUGCUGUACUUGUUCUACUAAAUUGUGCACUACUCUAUAAACCAUGGAAAGCUAAUGAAAAAAUAACACAAAUAUCAGCAUUAAUAUCAUCUUUAUUUACAUUUUUAUUUCUUGUCGAAGCUGCUAUGAAAUGUAUUGCACUUGGUUUUGUUGGUUAUUGGCAAUCACGUCGUAAUCGUUUUGAUUUAUUAGUUACUAUACUUGGUAUUGGUUGGAUUGUAUUAAAUUUUAUUUCUAUUAGCAAAGUUGAACUUCAAGAAUUUAGUAAUACAUUUGGAUUUACUGUCAUUAUACUUCGGUUUUUCACUAUUGCUGGAAAACAUGCAACACUUAAAAUGCUGAUGUUAACUAUUAUUGUAUCAUUCUUUAAAUCAUUUUUUAUUAUUCUUGGUAUGUUUUUACUUAUGUUAGUAUAUGCUUUUGCUGGUGUUAUACUCUUUGGUUGUGUUAAAUUUGGUCCUGAACUUGGACGACAUGCUAAUUUUAAAACAGUACCUAAUGCAAUUGUUCUAUUGAUGAGAAUUGUCACUGGUGAAGAUUGGAAUAAAAUAAUGCAUGAUUGUAUGGUUGUACCACCACGAUGUACACGUGGUGGUUCCUAUUGGGAAAGUGAUUGUGGAAAUUCAACAGCAUCUAUACUUUAUUUUUGUUCGUUUUAUAUUAUAAUUACUUAUAUCGUAUUAAAUCUUCUUGUAGCUAUUAUUAUGGAAAAUUUUUCAUUAUUCUAUUCUAAUGAAGAAGAUGCAUUACUUAGUUAUACAGAUAUUCGUCAUUUUCAAACGGUUUGGAAUAUGAUUGAUACAGGACGUAAAGGUAUUAUACCAGCUCGACGCGUAAAAUUUUUAUUAAGAUUACUUCGAGGAAGAUUGGAAGUGGAUGCAGAAAAACUCUAUAAACAUAUGUGUUAUGAAAUUGAAAAAUUGAAUAAUGGUAAUGAUGUAACAUUUCAUGAUGUACUUAAUAUGUUAGCUUAUCGUUCAGUUGAUAUUCGUAAAUCAUUACAAUUCGAAGAAUUACUUGCUCGUGAAGAACUUGAAUAUUUAAUUGAAGAAGAAGUAGCAAAAUUAACCAUACGUAAUUGGCUUAAUAAAUGUUUAAAACGUAUUAAAGCAAAAGAUCAAACAAAUGUUAUUAAAAAUUUACAACGUAGUAAUGAAUUAGCAUUUUUUCGUGAAGCACAAGCAAUAACAACAAAUGAAUCAUUAAAACGAACAACUGAUAAUAUGGGUAGUGAAGAAGAACGACGAAUAAAAAUUUUUGAUGAUCGACAACAACAAAUACAAAAAGAUGUUGUCAAAAAAAAACUCGAUAGAACAACUACAUUACCGACACCUUCAAAUGAUUUCAAUAAUUCAAACUAUCGAACACAAGCAGGUAUACGUGAUACAUCUAUUGAAUAUAAAGGAGUACGACGACCAAUGCCACAACAAUUACAGCAAAAUAUUAGUUUAACUUUAAGUAGUGAUGAAUCUUAUCCAUGGCGUUCAUGGCAAACAAGUAAUUUUAAUCAUGGACGAAAAGAUGUUGAAUCAUGGUGGGCUAAUCAAUUUCAAAUGUCGACUUAA